AAAUUUCUUCCACAGAUUUAUUUAAUUUUUUCAUUCCUAAAGUUUCCUAUUUUAAAAAUGCAUUUAAACAAUAUGUUACGACGAUUUUGUAUCCAAAGAACUCAUGAAAAAGUCUAUGAGAACAUAUCACUCAAUGCUUAUCGAAUUCCAAGUAUCAAUAUGUCAAUGCAGAGGAAAAUUAAUGGGAACUUGCAUUCUUUAUCAAGCCUAUCGGUUUCAGUAGUACCUUUGGUAAAUCGUAAGUGCACGCGGGAAAGAAAUUUCACUAAAUGUUUCAGUCAAUUUAUAAUACUUAAAACAUCAAUGAUUAUGAAAAAAUGUACUAUCGAUCGAUGUCGUGCAACAAAAGUUAAUUCAUUUCAUGAAAUAUGGCUAAUCUUGGUAUUUUGAAGAUUUUCUUCCUAAUUGUUUGUAAAAGUAACUUCGUAAACGGAAAACAUGAUUGCUAUUCUAAUCCUUACUUACCAUUGCCAAAGAAUACUGGUGUAUAUCCUCAAAAUUACAAUGCUGAUUUAGUUGCCCGUAGGAUUAACAACUGGAGACGGGGUGACAAGCAUAAUGUAGAAGAAUACACCAAUCUUUUUGAUGGAGAUAUUAUGCUAACUGAAGAACAAUUGCUCUUGGACACAAUUCCUAAAAGCAAUUUAUGGCAUAGAGGUGAAAUGCCGUUCUAUAUCACAAUGGAACAAUUUACGGAACGACAAAUAGCUCACAUAAUAAGCACUAUGGAUAUCAUAACUAAUCAUACGGGGUUUAAAUUUCGCCGUUUUUGUUUCGAAACGGAUCGUAACUAUGCUGUAUUUAAAAGUGCAAAUACUGGCUGCUGGUCGUACGUAGGGAUGCUAAACUAUGGACAAGUGAUUAAUUUACAGAUUCCAAAUUGUUUGUAUCGAGGCACGGUGAUUCAUGUUCUUUUGCAUGCUAUUGGAUUCUAUCAUGAACACAAUUCACCAGUUCGCGAUAAUUGGCUAUCGGUGAAAUGGGAAAAUAUUCUGUCAACAAACAAAAAUUAUUUUAAAACACUCGACAGUAUCACAGCUAGAGACAGUGGUGUUUUGUAUGAUUACGAUAGCAUCUUGCAUGGGGGACCUUACUUACAUUCAUUUAAUGAUAAGCCAACUAUGGAAACGCAGAUCCCAAAUAUGAAAAUCGGCCAACGUGAAGCAUUUAGUUUGAGAGACGUGGAAAGAGUUCGACGAGUCUAUGAAGAUGAAGUUAAAAAUUGGAAGUCGCUUGAUAAAUUACCAAAAAUUAAUCAUACUAGAAAAACUACAGGGUUUAUUUCUACUGAUGAUAUUGCAAGUACUACCGCAUCCGGAAUUACGGCUAAAAUGAAUGAUACAGAAGAACCUACCAGUGACGAUAAAAGAAAAGAAACGACAGAUAUGGAUAAAACAGAAAGAGACGAAGAGAAACUAACGACCGAUGAAACGGAACAUGAAACAGUGAUGCGAUCUACUACUACUGCUGCUGAUAAGAGAAUACUUAAUGUGUUUUGCUUGAUUUGGCCAUAUACUAUAAAUGAAACUUGCCUGACGUAGUACCAUUUUCUUCCCAAUAAUUACGCCAGGUAUUUGUCCAAAAAAUUGAAAAUAUCCGUAUAAUUAUGUAAAUAUAAAUUAUUUAAUAAAUUUUGUAAUUGCCAUCAUCGAAAAAAACUUAAACAAUAACUCUAUUAGUUCUAUCUAUGACUCAAAGUAAGACCUUACAAUCAAUGUAGUAAAUAAUGCAGCAAACAGAAUUUAAUACAAAAAAAAAA